UUUGGCUCGAAAUUAUGGUUACAAAAGAUAUGAACAUUUUCAUGGGACAGGAAAUUGUAGGACCCGCGCGGUACACGUUACCGAUCGUCGUGCGAUCACUGAUGGAGGGACGGCAGGCGCGUACCGCGAGGUCCGACAGAAACAGCCCCGCAAGGAAGAGGCCAGGGAAGAGAGAAGAGACGGCGCGGUGUAUUAACAAACCGCGUGAAAAGAUCCCAAAAAUAAUUUCGGCGUGAAGAAAUAAAUCCGGGUGAGGCGGUCGCGAGAGUGCCUAAAAGAAGGUUCGCCACCGGGUGCCUUCUGGGAAUGAAACCGGCAUAGUAUGCUCGAGUUAUAAGAAGAGCGGUGAAGCGAUCGCGUCGGCUAGUCGCUAAAGAGCCGCGCCUCGAGAACGGAAGAAACAUGGCCGGGGAAGAAGAAACGGAAGCUGGCUCGACGGAGAACACCUGGGGUUCUUCCCGCGUGAUCGCGAGGUCCUCGUCACCGGGAUAUACCGCGGAGUUCUCGUCAUCGUCGUCGUCGUCGUCGUUGUUAUUGUUAUACGGAGGAUAAGAGAUAACGAGGAGCCGGGACGAGGAGACCGAAUAUGCCGAUGUGGCAAGGCGAGAGACGCACAAGGCAAGGCAAGAACUCCACUCCCAGAACUGCGCGGGUCGAGCCGAGCCAAAACCAAAAUACCACCGAUAUAGCUUUUCUGCGAUGGUCUUUGUGCGCGCGACCAACCAGCUCUUUCGUACGGACGUCCAACCGGCUUGCACCGGAGUCGAACGCCGAUCGACUAACCUUACCCGAGACAACGACGGCAACGACGGCGGCGACGACGACGACGACGACGACGACGACGACGACGACGAUGAUGACGAUGAAGAAGGAGACGGACGAGACAAGAGCAUAGAGAGUCGGAAGGUGCAUCGAAAAAAGGGUAAAAUAUCAUACGAGACGGAUUGAUGAGCCUCUUUUCACGAGAUGGCUAAUUUGAUUUUUUAUAAAAUUAAUAAGGGGAGUCGCCAUGGAACAGUGAUUUGUGAGGGGGGUUACUGCCUCACCGAACGAUGUAGUCUUAUAUCGUUCGGCUCACGUUUUAUCAAGUUCGAGCAGGGAACAGUGAUUUGUGAACGAUUAGAAUCAUGUUAACGGAUCGGAGUCACAGUAGAUUUACAUCUAAUCGUUAAAGUCAUUUAGUGGUGCUGAAUUAAUAUUUGAUAUUCGUAGAAGUCGCUGCCAGUGAUCAGUGUCGCAAUUGUUAAUUUGUCAAAGAGUCUUACCUUACUAUCGCAUGCAGAAGCCAAGAUACAGGGUCGGUGUUGUGUUCACGACGACAGUCCUGAAACAUACAGAAAGAUACGUUGGUCAUUCGAAAAUGUAUCGUGAUCGGAAAAGGGAUUAUCAAUAAUAAUUUGCUAAAUCGUUUUUAUCGAAAUUGUUGUUGUUGUUGUAAGUUCAAUUAAUUGAAUAUCGCGUCUCUCUGAUCCAUUCCCGCCGUUCCACGGUACUUUGUUGUCGAUAUUUGAAGAAACGGUACACGAUGAAAGAAUAAAAAUGUUCGUGUUCACCCGGAAAUGGAAAAAUCGGGAAUAAUUGAAAUCUUACGAUGACGAACGAGAUAGAAAUA